CAAUCAGUUCCCCAGCCAUCCUCGCGGCCUUUUUAUCUCCCCGCUUUCCUCUCCGUCCCUUGCGUGAUGGCUCGUUGACCCGCCUUUCCCUUCCUUCAGUGACAGGAGAGCCGUCCUCUCGUGCUGGCUCGACUAACCUGAAUCGUGACGGCAUCCGAUGAACUACCAAUCCAUUACCAUGGCAGGCAAUGCCUCCAACAGCGACCAUCCGGAGGAUGGAGCAGUCCGAGAUGGCUCUCCGCUAACAUCCUCGGUCGACUUUGGUGACCGGUCAGCCUACGCCGAUGAUGCCCGCUCCUCCGCAACCUCCCCGCAAAGCUUCACCACGCGCUCCCUGCUCGUCGGCCUUCUUAUCGGCGCUCUCAUUACCUUCUCCAAUACAUACUUUGGACUGCAGACAGGAUGGAUCAGCACUAUGGCCAUGCCAUCUGCCCUAAUCGGCUUCUCCGUCUUCAAGGUCUUUUCCAAAUACCUGUCGUAUCCGUUUACACCCAUCGAGAACGUCCUCAUACAAACAGUAGCAGGAGCGGUGGGGACCAUGCCGCUGGGCUGUGGGUUUGUCGGGGUCAUCCCGGCAUUGGAAUUUCUGAUCAAAGAUGGCGAAGAUGGCCCAUCGGGGGAUGGUGGUACCGGGGAAGGCGGACCUCUGAAGCUGAACUUUUGGAAGCUCGUUCUCUGGAGCUUGGGUGUCUGUCUGUUUGGCGUCGUGUUCGCUGUUCCGCUGAGGAAGGAGGUGAUCGUUCGGGAAAAGUUGAAGUUCCCGAGUGGAACAGCCUCAGCGCUGAUGCUGAGGGUGCUGCACGGAAGUGGUCAGGGCGACGAGAAGUCGAAGAAGCGAGUGGAUGACGUCGAGGGUGUCAUACGGCGUGAGGAGAGAUCCUACGCAUCGACUUUGGCGCAUGAACCCGAGGAAACUGGCGUUUUGCUGAGAAAUGCUAGCUCUGGCGAUGAGAACAGUGUCCAAGAGGACUGGAGAUCCAAGAUGCGUCUCCUGGUGGGCGCCUUCGUGGUGUCCGGCAUUUAUACCCUUUUCUCCUAUUUCGUCUCCCAAGUCCGAGAUAUUCCUAUCCUGGGACUUUAUCUCGCCAAAAACUGGCUCUGGACCCUUAAUCCGUCUCCCGCAUAUGUUGGCCAGGGCAUUAUCAUGGGACCUUCGACCUGUAUGCAUAUGCUCUUCGGUGCGUUCUUGGGCUGGGGGAUUCUUUCGCCGCUUGCAAAGGCCCGCGGAUGGGCCCCGGGGCCUGUGGACAGCUGGGAAGAUGGAAGUAAGGCUUGGAUCGUCUGGAUCUCACUGGCCAUUAUGCUUGCCGACUCCCUUGUCAGUCUUGGCUGGCUGGUCGUGAGGCCUCUUAUACCCCGUGCUUCGCAUAUGAAAGACAAGCUCCUCCACAGCCGCGCUGGACGGCGGGUUCUAUCUGGAGGCUCGACAUCUUCCAAUCAUCACUCGUACAUUUCCUAUUCUGCCCUGAGUCCCAUCACGGAGGAGUCUUCUGUGCCGAGCCAUCCCGUCCCUUCCAUCGGGAGACACAGCGCAAUCGACGAGGCGGAUGAAGAUGCGCCUCCAUCCCAGCUUAAUUCUAACCGGACAGUCAUCAUCCUCCUCCCACUUACUUUGAUCCUUAACGUUGUCUGCAUGCACUUCGUAUUCGGCGACAUAAUGUCUCCACUGCUUUCCAGCCUCGCCACCCUGCUGGCGGUCCUCCUUUCCAUCAUGGGCGUCCGCGCCCUUGGCGAAACAGACUUGAACCCCGUCUCUGGAAUCAGCAAACUCACCCAGUUGCUCUUCUCCCUGGCUACUCCUGCCUCUCAUUUUUCCCGCCGUACUGCCUUGGUCACCAACCUCCUCGCCGGCGCCGUAUCCGAGUCCGGUGCCCUGCAAGCCGGAGACAUGAUGCAGGAUCUUAAAACCGGACAUCUCCUUGGUGCCAGCCCCAAGGCCCAAUUCUACGGCCAAAUGAUCGGCAGUCUUGUUGGCGCCGUGCUUUCCACCGCCGUCUACAAUAUGUACGUCAGCGUAUACGAAGUCCCCGGUCCGAUGUUCCAAACUCCCACCGCAUACGUCUGGAUCUUCACGGCCCGCCUAGUCACCGGCCAAGGCCUCCCUCCAAUGGCAUGGCAAGCGUCCCUUGUCGCCGGAAUCAUCUUCGUAGCCGUCACCAUCCUCCGCAUUGUCGCCUCAUCCCCAAUCGCCAACGGCGGACGCAGAGAUGUCACCGCCCCCUGGAAGGAUUUUAUUCCCGGCGGCAUUGCCGUAGCGGUGGGAAUUUUCAACGUUCCAUCCUUCACUUUAGCCCGUGCCAUCGGCGGCUUGAUUGCCUGGUGGUGGGCCCGGGGACAUUCUAACAAAGUCGCCGCCGGCGGGUCGGACCCGAGCACCGACGACAUUCAAACAAAUUUGUCCGACUCAUGGACGGCUGAUGGCCGUGCGGGAUCCUCAUCCGGAUUUCAUCAUCAUCAACCACAACAACACAGUCAGGCGGUCGCGAAGGAGGCGGAUUCCGCCUCUUCAUCUGUUGUGGUCCUUGCCUCGGGAUUGAUUCUUGGCGAGGGCAUCAUUAGUAUUGUAAACUUGCUUCUGGCAAGUGGCGGGGUUCCGCAUCUUUGAUAGCGGAAAGACAGCAGAGGUGGUAGGUACAUAGAGUACUCCUUGUUAGUUGCUGGGUUGUUUGUAUCUAUCUUGUUUGUUUCGGUACUGGGUGGAGAUGAGGUGGAUGAUAGAAUCUAGAAGUCUAGAUAAAUAAAAGCGGAC